CACGAGCCCGAGCUGAUGGGCAGCCCCAGCCCGCACCACGGCGGGCGCAGCGCCGGGACGCUCCGGGUGCCCCCCCCGCCGCCGCCGCCGCCGCAGGAGCUGCCCCCCGCCGCCGCGCGGCCGGCCAUGGUGUCCAGCAUGGCCUCGCUGCUGGACGGCGCUGCCGAGUACCGGCCCGAGCUGUCCAUCCCGCUGCACCACGCCAUGAGCAUGCCCUGCGAGUCCUCGCCGCCCGGCAUGGGCAUGAGCAGCACCUACACCACCCUGACGCCGCUCCAGCCCCUGCCGCCCAUCUCCACCGUCUCCGACAAGUUCCACCACCCGCACGCCCAUCACCACCACCACCACCACCACCAGCGCCUCUCGGGCAGCGUCAGCGGCAGCUUCGCCCUCAUGCGGGACGAGCGCGGUUUGCCAGCGGUCAACAACCUCUACGGGCCCUACAAGGAGGUGGCGGGCAUGGGGCAGAGCCUCUCGCCGCUGGGCAACGGGCUGGCGCCGCUCCACGGCACCCAGCAGAGCCUCCACGGCUACGGGCCGCCGGGCCCCGAGAAGAUGCUGAGCCCCAACUUCGAGCCGCACCCGGGCAUGCUGCGGGGGGAGCAGCACCUCUCCCGGGGCUUGGGGACCCCCCCGGCCAUGAUGCCGCCGCACCUGAACGGCAUGCACCACCCGGGCCCCCCGCCGCCCCACGGGGCCGCCGCCGCUCGGGACCGCCCGCCCGCCGGGGCCGGGGCGCAGGUCGGGAGCUCGGGGCAGCUGGAGGAGAUCAACACCAAGGAGGUGGCACAAAGGAUCACGGCGGAGCUGAAGCGCUACAGCAUCCCUCAGGCCAUCUUCGCCCAGCGGGUGCUGUGCCGCUCUCAGGGCACCCUCUCGGACUUGCUGCGGAACCCCAAGCCCUGGAGUAAACUCAAAUCCGGCCGGGAAACCUUCCGCAGGAUGUGGAAGUGGCUGCAGGAGCCGGAGUUCCAGAGGAUGUCAGCCCUUCGCUUGGCAGCCUGCAAACGCAAAGAGCAGGAGCCCAACAAGGAGCGGAGCAGCUCGCAGAAGAAGUCGCGGUUGGUCUUCACAGACCUGCAGCGCCGAACCCUCUUCGCCAUCUUCAAGGAGAACAAGCGCCCUUCCAAAGAGAUGCAGCUCACCAUCUCCCAGCAGCUGGGCCUGGAGCUCACCACCGUCAGCAACUUCUUCAUGAACGCCCGCCGGCGCAGCCUGGAGAAGUGGCAGGAGGACCUGAGCUCCGCGGGCUCCUCGGCGGCACCCAGCACUUGUACCAAAGCGUGACGGCGCGGCGCGGCCCUUCACUGGUGACCCAAAGCACAAUCCUCCUGGGGACAAGCCCAGCCCAGCCGGCAGAGAGGACACUUCUCCUGGCUGCUAAGUCAGUCUUUGAGGCUCGAGUCAAGCAUUCACCUCUUCCCAUCCAAUCCUCUGCUCAGGACGGGCGCAGCAGGUCGGAACGUCGAGGGGUCGCUCGUGAGGCCACGCCACAAUGGAGCACAAAGUCUGACAUGUAGACACUAAAGAAUCCAAGAAUCUCUUCUUUCCAACUCAGGCUUUAGGGGAAAAAAUAGAUCAAAUCCAAGGGUUUGGUUUGGUUUUGGGGUUUUUUAAGUUCAGUUCAUGUAGCUUGAUCCUGGAUCACACAACUUCAGUUCACUUGAGCUCAAAGUAUCAAGCACAAAGCUGGUAGCUACAGACAUAGGUCCAAUCCUGGACUCCCAUCACUCCAACAUGCAGUCUCACUUCCCAGCGACCACACGAGCCUCAAGCACAGUUUGGAGGUUGGCCCAAGGGCUGUGUUUGUACCUAAUGCAGAUGCACACUCAGGAGGUCAGUUUGAACUGCCACAGUUCAUGGAGCAAACACAUUUUGAAGGAUCUAGAUUGUUUUAGGUCAUUAAUACCUCCUUUUAUUUCCCAGGAAUCCAGUUUCUCCUCAACAACACUCUUGUGACUGGAACAUAUUUAGUGUUCAGUGUAUUUUGGUUCAUUUUGGGGGUAAUUUGUAGUACUUUCAAGCAGGAACAAACCAAAAACAAGCCCUUCAGAUGCCACUGAUGUGCCGCAGAUGACUUCAACACGUCACCUCGAUCUAUUGCAUCCCUAAGUUCCUUCGACCCACCAAUCUGGUGGGAACACAGCACACCAAAGAGACAGCAUUAACUGCAAGCCAAAGAUGUUUCGAACUUGCCAUGUUCUCCUCGUCCCCAUUGGUGGGGUGGUUGGUUGGCGAUGGAGAAGCCUCACAGACCCUCUCCCACCUCCGGGGUGGCCGUGGCCGCUCCGUGUGCACGUUUACCAGUGAGCGCGGUCGUGGUCCUUGAGAGACACUUGAGCCUUUUUUGUAUGUUCUACUUAAUCGAAACCAAAGAAACCUUUUCUGCACCUACUUUUCUUCUGCAACAACGUGUUCCAUUGCUAAAGAACAUGAGAACUCGAACAAAAUCAACCCAAGGAAGCAAACAAGUGACACACUGUGUUUUGAUGGACAUCUCGGCCGGUUUAGGAAGCAGAUCUCCACAAAAGGGUUGAGAAGAAGGAGAACCAAGCCAAGCCAGGACGAUUGCUGCUUCGUUGGACACCUCAAGUCAUCUCCACGUUGAAGAUUGUCUUUCAUUUGUGCCUAUGCAGUUUUCUUUCCAAAGGAACAAGGAACAGAGCAACCAAAACCUCAACAGCUACAAAACCAAAGAUGAGGAUUCUCACGACUUGUGUUUCAGUUCAUGAUCUCCUCUUGCACUCCUAAAUGCAUGUAGCACCAUUGAUCUCUCCACAGGUUUCUUUGUGCAACCAAAGGGUGGGUUUAUUUGUCUUUUCCCUAUUUCUGCCCCACAUGGGGUCUCUCCAAGAGCCGCAUGGACUCCAAGAGCAAGAUGUUGGGAUAUUACGCUGGUACAUCUCCAUUCUCCAGAGCCAACUUGUUGGUUGGGUCUGAUGUGUUUUGUUGGGUAGAGUUGGUCUCCUGUAUGUCUAGAGCUUUGAACAGCCAUCCUUCUGUGUGUGAAGUCUAUCGAUCGAGCAACCUCCACCUCCUUCUUCUUCUUCCCCAGGGAUAAAACUUGCAAUAUCUAUGUACCGAUACAUGUCCUUGUAAGAGCUGAGCACCACUACAACCUGGCUAGAUGUGUUAUGUUGGUUGGUCAAAGUCAUGCUGAUCCAAAUCAUGACACAUAGACAUAGGUCCAAAUUUACCUUCAGAGCUGGAACAUGGUGGUACCACUUUGCUCCAUCUCUACCUUUAAAUGAGGGCUUCCUAGCUACUCUUCUGACCAUGUUGGAUGGGGCUUGGAGCAACCUGGUCAAGUGGAAGGUGGCCCUGCUCAUAGCAGGGGGUUGUAACUGGAUGAUAUCCAAGUCCAUUCCAAUCCAAACCAUUCCAUGAUUCCAUGAUUCAUCCCAACAGUCAUAACAAAGUCAAGCUAGACAAAUCACUGGCUUAGAAAAUAGUAUCUUUGAUGAAAUCAUUGAUUUACUCCAAAACACUGCUGCAGUUUUAUCCCUGCCUCUUCCAUGGUCCUGUGUUACAUCUUCCAUUUCAUUGUCACCUCUUGUAGGCUUUAAUGUAGCAUCUAUCUCAGAAGAGGAGUGUUCAGAGCAUAUACUGUGGGUAGAUACAUUUGUAUGUACACCUAGGAGCAGAAUAUGUGCUAUGUUCUGCCCAUACUAAAAAGAAACCUCAACUAUGUUAUGUUUCUAAACCAUGAAUCUCUUGAGCCACGUAAUGGAACUUGCUCUGUUCAUUUCUUCUGCUACUAAAGACUAGUAUGUCCAGCUAGUAUCCCAGCAUCUUCCGUACCGUGUACUUGGAGUGGUUACUACCAUGGGCACAUCCAAGAUGAAUUCAACUUCCAAGAACCCUUGGAUACUGCUGAAUCCUCCGUGAAGGAACAAAGAAUGUGCUUGAUGACUUCGGUUGAAUAGCUUUAUUCUGGAUCUCUCUUACCUAAAGCUGAAUCCAAAGACCUGAGAAGGACUAAACCAGCAACCUACACUCCAACCUGCAUUCAGGAAUGGGGAUCUCCUCUUCCAAAGCAAGACAUGGGAAUGACGUGGCAUCACCACCAGUGUGAUAGCGCCGGUCGGACGCGACCCAACGUCUCCUUGCUUGUCCCAACGCUGAAGUAUUUUUAAGACAUGGGGAAACUUUGUACUUGGCCUCCUUUCUAUUUCUUGAGGGGCUUUUUUAUUGGUGAGAGGGUUUGAUAAAGGCAAAGCUUCAAAUGGUUUUAUUUUGGCUCCAGACACUUUGGGGUUUAACCCAAUAUCUUAUCUAUUACUAAUGUGAUUUCUUUAAGUUAAGCGUACGCUUGCUCCUGGAUUCUCUGCUCAGUCUAAAUCCCAUUGAGCUUGAAAAUCCAAUGGGAAUUUUGCCUGAACACAGAAUGUGGGAUGAGGCUCAUGUGUGAGUUGUUUGUAACUAUUUAAUCCCAUCAUUUGUGAAUUGGUUUGGGAUUGAUUUUGCUUAUUUAUCCAUUAGGAUGCCAUCGUGCAUCAGCGAUGCGAAGCCUGUAGUAGCACUUAAGUGUUGCUUCAUGGAGCAGCCAGGUUCUGUUCCAGCCAAGAGUCUAGGUUUAAUUUCUCCUUUUAAUUCACUUUAAUGCUUUAAAUAGCAAAGUUUAAGUUAUUUAAGUUAAUCUUUUCCCAUCUGAUUCAAGAGGUAUGGCACAAAAAGCCUUUAUAACUUAUUUAUUUAACUUAUUCUUCACCAUCUGAGGAUGCCCUUUACUUUGAGUUACCUUUAAGCACUACAGAUUGUUUUCAGAGUGAACUUUGAGGACAAGCAAUGACUCUUCAACCUCAAACUGUGCAUCCAGAAAUAAUAUAGGGGGGGGUGGGUGGGAUGGGAAAGACAUUGGGAUACUUUGCCUGAAAUUUGUGGCUUCUUCACACUGAAGCUGGAGGGGAAGAUGAAUCCACGUCAAGCAACAAGAGAGAAACCCCUUCAACAAAGCUGCUUCCAAGGAUGAACUUUUGUGUGUGUGAAAGGAUAACCAAAAAAAAAAAUAAGGAAAAAAAAAACAGGAAAAAAGAGAAAAGCAGGAAAAAAAACCUUUGUAUUGCUAGUGAGAACCAAAGAGGCUACCUCACGGACUGUCCACUUGUGUUUUACUCAUGUUGAUGAUACCAAAGAUACCAAAGAUCUCUUGCGCCGCACGGUCUGCAUCCUGCUUGUGCUCCCAUCGAGUUGCAACUCGGCUCUUCCUCCAUCCCAUCCUAUACCCAAUGAGAUGCUCCUCGGGGAAGCUCCAAUUCCGGUGAUGCCGUUGCCCUUCUGCCUUCCUGCCAGCCAAAGAGAACGUCUGGAGACGUGGAGCUGUUCCACGGCCUUCCCCACGCCAAAAUCCAGUGGAUGGAGCUGUUGUGUUGAGCUGGGAUGCAUCCAGGCUUGGUCCAUUAGUUGGUUCCUUAGGGAAAGGGAUCUGUACCUGGAGAAGUCCUGCUUAAGUAGUUGUGGGUGUGCAUUCUUCACUGGAGCAGGUUGCCCAAGGAAGUUGGGAAUGCUCCAUCCCUGGCACUGUUUAAGGCCAGGUUG